CAAUGCUCUUGCUUCAGUUCGUAAUUUUGUAAACUAUCAUUGCAUUUUGAACAUUUUGUUAAUUUUAGGUCACUAGCAAACAUGACGCCGACGGGCGUCGGAACAUUGCUACUUGUAUUUCUAUUUACCGCCGAAGUGAGCUUGGCGGCAGUGUGCAGCUUUUCCGGGGACGAACUUAACGUCACGGCGGAAACGGAAUGCGAUCUGUCGGCAGAUGUUACGUCAACAGAGUUAAUAAUCACCGUUGGUGGGACGAUUAACGUUGCGGUUACGUCAAUAACGAUCACGUGCAAAUCCUUCGAAAUCAAGGCAGGUGGGAAAGUGGUCGUUCAGCCGCUGGCGACGUCCGGUCAGGGCACCGGAAAUAACGAUGGCUCGGGAGGUGGGUAUGGAGGCCGAGGAGGCAGUCCAGCCGACCGCUUUCUAUCGUCAACCGACUCCGUUGCGUAUGGAAGUUUGGAAGCGCCGACGGACCCAGGAAGCCCUGGUGGUGGAAACGGCGCCGGUAAGGGUGGAGGCGCUAUCCGAAUCACAGCCUCGACGGACGUAAUCAUAGACGGCAUUCUCUCCGCGGAUGGCGGUGACGCGACAUCCGGGGGAGGCGGUGGCAGUGGAGGUUCCGCUUUUAUAGACGCGAACACCAUUAAAGGCUACGGAACUAUAUCCACCCGAGGCGGUAAUGGCGCGACGGACGGAGGUGGCGGUGGAGGUGGAAAAAUAACGCUUAAGCAGAAAGAUAACACGUUCACGUUUCAAGGAAGAACAAAGGCCGAUGGAGGUUUGGGAGGCGGCACGGAAGUGAGAUUGGAGACUUCCUCAAUGGCAUCUAGCAGCGCCGAUUCAUCAUACCCAAACAAUUACGGAAAGCUUGAUCACUCAAGCUCAAAGUCGUGGCGUCCAACAUCAUCUAAGGAUGCCUACCUGGAGAUGCGCCUGGAUGCCGACUACUACGUUACGGCCGUCCAGACGAAGGGAGGCGGAAAUUCUGGUUAUCAUGUAAAAAGCUACUCUAUCCAGUACUAUAACACUACGUCCGGAAGUUGGUAUCUGUACGGCCUUAAGGACAAUGAGGAGUAUGUGUUCACCGGAAACAGUGACGGUGCCUCUAAGGUCACCCGGAAGUUGCCCUACCCCGUGUACACGAGCAACAUUCGCCUCUACCCCAAGACGUGGUCCGAAAACAUAGAGCUCGCCAUGGCCCUCAAUGGAUACGCACAGGGAACAUCGUCGCUGGAACCGACCGGUCUCUGUUCUCCGGCUUCAAAAGGCGGCCCCGGGGGCCCGGGCACAAUCUACCACUGGCAUGUCGGAAACGCAUCAACACUCGUGGUGGACAACCUCGGGAAGAGCACUUACGUCAAAAAGGUUGCUGACGGUGCAACGUGUUCUGAGACUGAGGCAAUGGACGUGAUCUCCCAAGGAGGCGCUGCGUGGGUGUUAGAUUCGGCAGCGGAUUUACGUGAGGUGGUCGUAUACGACGGCUCCCAUCUCGUACUUGCCGCAGACCUGGAGAUAGAAAACAUCUACGGGGACGGUCGGUCCGUGGUUCACGUGGCUCAAAACGCCACCAUCACCGCAGUCAAAACGAUGACGUCACACAUGUACGUGUAUUCCUUCUCACACGUGAUGUUCGAUCCCGACGAGACGAUGACGUUGGUUGGCAGUGUUUACGUACAAGGAACGGUGUUUUUUAACUCUACAGCGGAACAAAAGUUGACACUCGAAGAGCCUGCAAAACUUACUAUAAACUCCGACGAGAUGGUAUCCGUAUCAAUGAAUUCGCUCACAGUUGGUGUAAACGCUGAAUUGUCCAUUCUCAACACCGAACCAUUUGAUCUGAACUGUACACAUCUUGAAAUAAACGGACUAUUCACGAUAGCCGGACUACUUCACAUCGACCCUGUCAUAUCAUCGUUUUCCGUCGGUACAGAAGCGACGGUGGAAUUCGAGCCUUUUUCAACUGACAUGUACGUUGGUGACACUAUAAACAUCCAAGGGACGGUGACCCUAGCUACACAUGUGUCGUUUACCUCGCCGUGUAACCACUUUACCAUGGGUGGUACGUUGACGUGGCCGUCAACGGGUGAAAUCGUCACUAUGGAAUGCGGGACAGUGGAAAUCGAUGCUAACUUUUCACCGGGGAAUUUGUCUUUUGGUAUGGGUGUCAACCGCUUGUCAGUAGGAACAAACGGCGUUUUUACGUUUACAGCUGAUGGACCGAUCUUGAUCAACUCAGCUGUACUUCACGGGAAAAUGUACGUUCACAACCUUGCUACUAUCAGAUCAAACUCCAGCGAUCCCGACAAUAGGAUGGAGAUUAUCGAGAUCACCCAUCCAAAUGGCCUACUUCAGUUGAACAAAAAUAAUUUACCCGAACAAGCCAAUGGAGAAAUCAUUGCAAGUAACUGUAGCUCCUUGAACGUAAAAGAGCUUAUUCUGAAUAAACAGUUCAUGGCGGGAAAUAUCAAUAUAGGAAUCGGUAUGGACGACAUAACGAUACAAACAAACGGAACUUGGACGUUUACGCCGUAUGAUGUCUUCCGCGUUGAUAACUUUUACUCAAACGGUACGGUGACGUCAACGUCUCCGAUCACAUUGCAGGGAAUCACAUCAGACAAAAUAAAUUCCAUGAAACUUGAAUACGGCGCUACACUGACGUUUGAUUCUCUUGCGCAACCAACAAAGGCCUGGACAGGGGUUUCUGUUCUUGGAGUCCAUGACUUUGACCUCGAUGGCGAAUUUCGUGCCGGCGAGCUACACAAUUUUGUGGUUAACAACGAAGGAUGGGAUAAACUUGAUAUAAAAGUUAACGGUUCGUUCUAUUUUCUACCAAAUGGUCCAUUUAUCGUAGACUAUCUUUACGUCGAUGGCCAUUUUGAAGCCUAUGGUGCGAUAAACAUGUCUUCGGACGAUUCGUCUCUUGAAGUUUACGUUGAUACUAAAGGUAAAAUUAAGUUUGAUUCUCUCGUGACCGAGAACUGGGUGUCAGAGUCUGCAGUGACCGCCUCGAAAAUCGUAAUGGAGUUAGGGUCAUACUGGAGCUCGGGUAAUACAGUCUGGGACGUCGUGAAGUUAGCUACUUCCGGAAGUUUAUAUUGCCAUCCCCGCAAUGAUUCUACCAUCGUGUAUCUAACUGUGAGAGAUGGUGGAAAAGUUGAUUUUUCGCGUCCGAACACAAUCAAAGGAUUUGAUUACAUCGUUUUAUCGGGUGGUGUAAUGGAUAUGUUCUACCAGCAUACACCGGAGAAUGUGGACGAAGGCUGCGAGGCGACGAAACUCCUCUACAAGACGGUCACGAUCCAAGGAACGGCGCGCGCCGGUUCCAUGUAUAUAGGGGACCUGGGUGACGGCUCACAGUUCUGUCAGAAGGUUGAGGUUUCCGGGACACUGGACGUCACUGGGGGAGGAUAUCUCCCCGACAAGGGCCCAGGUGCUGGCAAAGUAUCAUCUUCCGGCGGUAGCGGCGCCAGUCACGGUGGACGAGGCGGCAAGGGAUCCGGAAGCAUGAAAGCGACCUUCCAGUACGGCAACAUCUUCGAGGAGAGCACGUGGGGCUCUGGCGGCGGAAGCUACACCGUCGGCGGGAACAACGGCGGUAUAGGAGGCGGAUACAUCCACAUGUACGCCACCGAGGAUAUCAUCAUCAGCGGCACCGUUCGCGCCGACGGAAAGGCUUCCUCGGUAUACAAACUGUUGUUUUUGUCUUCGAUACACAUUUAUGAAGCAACAAGCUGUGUUGCUUUGAAGGUCACUAUUGAACGUCAAACGAUAUCAUUUGUAUGA